AGAUGGCAGAACCUGCUGGGCCGCUCCGGGCAGUCUCUGCCUCCUUUCUGCUCCUGGCUGGGAGAAUCGAAAACCUGUCCGGCGGGUUUGGCCAAAAUUAUGUCUUGUUGCCUGUGCAAGUUCACACACUGCUCACUUCUGCCUGGGGAGAGCGCUGGGGGCUCCGCGCAGAGGUCGGCCGGGGCCAGGCGGGAGAGGGGCCGCGCUGGAAACAGGACAGGAGGGGUCCCCGCAGCCCAGCGCGGGCCGGGGCCAUGGAGAGCUUCGCGGAGUCGCUGCACAGGCUGAAGGAGACCCACGAGAAGGAGGUCCUGGGCCUGCAGAACAAGCUUCUGGAACUGAACUCAGAGAGGUGCCGGGACGCGCAGAGGCUGGAGGAGCUCUUCGCCAAGAACCACCAGCUCCGGGAGCAGCAGAAGGCGCUGAAGGAAAACCUGCGGGUGCUGGAGAACAGGCUGCGGGCUGGCCUGUGCGACCGGUGCAUGGUCACCCAGGAGCUGGCCAGGAGGAAGCAGCACGAGUUCGAAAGUUCCCACCUGCAGAGCCUGCAGCACAUCUUCAUCCUCACCGGCGAGAUGAAUGGGCUGAAGGAGGAGAACGAGGCCUUGAAGGAGGAGGUGAAGCGGCUUCGGGGCCUGGAAGACAGGCCCAAGCCCCUGGCCAGGGAGCGCACCUCGGACCCCCCCCCACCCUUGCGCCUCCCCUCCCCCGGCACCUGGAAGGCCAUCACCGAGAAGCCACCAGGAGGCCCCAAGGAGGCUGAGGAAGACCACCUGGGCGCAGAGAAGCCGGCGGGGCCCAGGACACCUCCAGUGGCCAAAAUCUCCCCGGGUGCCAACCUGCCUGAGCCUCGGGCCCCAGACCUGAGCCCCCAGCGCAUCUCCAACCAGCUGCACGGGACCAUCGCGGUGCUGCGGCCGGGGUCCCGGGCCUGCCUGGCCGAGCGUGGCUCCACCAAUGGGACGCCCCCACCCCCACCGCCCCCGCCCCCGCCCGCCAGAAGCAGCCCGCCAAGCCCGACAUACGAGCACAGCCUCCCCCUGGACAGCUUCCUGCGGGCCUCCCGGCCGUCCGCCGUGACCCGUGAGUCCCUGAAGCGCUCCCCUCAGGCCGAGCACCUCUGCCUCCUGAACCACCACCUGUCCCUGCACCUUCGGAGCCCCCACAGCCACCCCGUGGCCCCUGCUGCAGCCCCUGGCGGCCCCCGGCUCCAGGGCCUGAAGGCCAGAGGGGCAGAGCCCUGGGAGGAGCCCACAGGCCUGCUGGGUCUGCCCAGCACCCUGGUGGGCACGCAGGACCUGCGGCUGGAGGGGGCGCUGCACCUGCUCCUGGCCCAGCAGCUGCGGGCGAGGGCGAGGGCGGGCGGUGCCAGACCGGGCGGCCCAGCCGCGCCUGGGGAGAGGCGGCCCUCCCCGCCAGUCGGCUCAGACUCCGAAGGCCCCGAGAGCGAGGUGGCCGGGGCAGCUCCAGCCACAGCAGUCCUGCCUGGAGGGCGGCACCCACAGCCCCCAGGCCCAGGCUGCCCCAGCAGGAAGGAGGCCACAGCGGCACAGGACUAUGCCCCGGACAAGCCUCUGGACCUCUCAGACCGGGGCCGUGGCCGGGAUGCCCCCAAGCCGGCUGGCCAGCCCGGGGCCCUCAGCCCCACGAUGGCUCACACUCCUAACCCCCAGCCAGCCACCCCGUCCGAAGCCCUGACUCACAGCCCCCAGGCACUCAGCAGUGGCACCACAGGGACCCGAGCACCGGAGCUGGACGAGCCCCCAGCUCUCACAGACCCCUCACACCCACCCGCAGGGGCCCAGCCCAGCCUGCCCUGUCCUGGCGGGACGGAGGAUGAGGCCAGAGGAAGGCUCGAUCCUGAGAGCCGCCCAGAGCCCAGCCAGGCCACAGCGCAGGGGCCGGAGCCAGACGCCCUGGACGAGUCAGACCCCUCAGACAGCGAGGGGUACCCGAGCCCGGAGGCCAGUGCCAAUCCGAGCGUGCCAGGGGAGGGGCCCAGGUGCGUCUGCGCCCAGGAGCACGGGCAGGGUCUGCCGCAGAAGAGGAAGCGGGACUCAGACCUGGGGGGCCAAGCCUCCAAGAAGCCAUCCCGAGGGAGAAGGAAACCAAGGGAGCCCCUGACCACAUCUGAGGGGCCCGGGAGCCUGAGGGACGCCCAGGGCUGCAGCCCCUCCCCCCACAGCAGCAGCUGGGAGGAGACCUAGUCACCAGGUCACCGGCCUUGCCCAGAGGUGGCUCUCCACCUGACUGACCACAGCCUGGACAGGCCACACACCGUGGGGGCUGCGUCCCGGCCUCACCCAGAGGGGCUGGGAGGGCUGAGAUGGGGCCUUGGGCUGGUGUUGCGUCCCCUCUGUCUCCACCCGUCUCGGAAAUGCCCCACUGGCCCUGCGGCACCCUCAGCUCAGCACCUGCUCCCUUGGGACAGCGAGGACGGGAGGUAGGGAUCGCUCAGGCUCCAGCCCAGCCCCGCCCUGCUGCGCGUGGGCAGGAGCCCCCUCCAAAAGGCAGCGGACCACACCGGCCUGCACCCUGCAGCUGGGGCCACUCUGCCCGCCAGGUGCCAAGCCACAGUCUCGAGCGCCCCCUCGUGGACUCCAGCAAACAGGCACCCGGCAAACAGGCGGCCGGCAAAGGGGACAGAGGGAGAUGGCGGGUGGUGGCACCCUUGCAGAGAGGGUCCCUAGGGACCCGGAAAAUAAACACGUAAAGAAGGA